GAAGAGUAGCGUCCUUUCGACAGCCAAGGGCUUCUUCUCUUUGCCCUUGGCGCUGGCGAUGGUACCUCCAUCGCCACAGCUAUGCUGUGGUGUUCUUGCGAGCGAAAUCUCAUCUCUCCUACAAAAUCUGCCUUGCUGGAUGAGCGAUCGCGCGUUGUGAUGAAUCGCGCCUGGCUUCUCGUCGUGGAGGCGAUUCGAAUCCAAGAUGAUAGAAAAGGAGGAGGAUGCUGUGAUCGCUCCAGUCGUAGUGGUCACUCCAGUUCCCAGCGAAGGCGGCGAGAUCAAGGAAAUCCAGCUCACCUCUUUAGCUACCGACGAAGGCAGUGACAAAGGAUCAGCCACUACUGGCACUCUUGUCGACUCCGAUGGCGAGGAACUACGAGUGAAAGACGUCGUCGAGAAUGGUGCUGUGGAUCUUCAUGGCAAUCCAGCGAUCAAGUCCAAGAGUGGGAACUGGAGUGCUUGCUGGUUGAUUUUUGGAUGCGAAGUUUGCGAGCGUGUAGCGUUCUAUGCGAUCUCUUCCAAUCUUCUAAAGUAUCUCACCAGCGAGCUUCACGAGGAUAUAGCCCAAUCCGCGAAGAACGUCAUGAAUUGGGCCGGCACGACUUUCUUAACACCUUUGCUAGGUGCUUUUGUUGCGGAUGCGUUUCUAGGCCGAUACUGGACCCUCACAGCGUUUUGUUGCAGCUAUGUUUUGGCAAUGGUUUGUGUCACCUUGGCAGUCUCCGUGCCAUCCUUGAAGCCACCAAACUGUCUCAGCACUCCGUCGGGACGGGUGUGUCCCAAAGCCUCGGGUUUACAAGUCGGGUUUUUCUACUUCGCUCUUUACUUGAUGGCUUUCGGCGCCGGUGGUAUCAAGUCCAACGUCUCGGCCUUCGCAGGGGACCAGUUCGACGAGAAUGAUCCGGUAGAAAGCAAGAGGAAGCUCUCGUUUCUGAACUGGUGGUUUGUGAGUAUAAGUUUUGGCACCAUGCUCUCGGUUAGUAUUUUGGUUUACGUCCAGGAUAAUGUAGGAUGGGCUUGGGGGUAUGGUGCUGCGACGAGUGUUACGUGCAUUGCUACGACACUCUUUCUCCUGGGCUCAGCCAAGUACAGGCAUCAGCUACCGGCAGGAAGUCCACUGACACGCAUUGCGCAAGUUCUGGUAGCAGCGACACGAAAGUGGAAGUUACAAGUUCCCGACUUAGAGCUCUUGUACGAGCUGGAAGAUCCAGAAGGGCCUCACUCUCCGAGGCAUCGCAAGCUCCCUCACAGCUCCGGAUUUGUGUUUCUCGACAAGGCUGCCAUCUCGAAGGAAGAAAUAGCUCUCUACAAGUCUCGAGGAAGGGAGCCGAAUCCGUGGCGGCUGUGUCCCGUCACGCAAGUCGAGGAAGUGAAGCUGCUGAUCCGGACUUUACCGAUCUGGAUGACCAACCUCAUGUUCUCGGCGGUCUUCGCUCAAGUCGGGACGAUGUUCUUGAGCCAGGGCCGGACUCUCGACCGACGAAUGGGACCGCACUUCAUGAUCCCGGCGGCCUCGUUCCCGCUCUUCAUCACGCUCACCAUUUGCAUCCUCCUGCCGCUCUACGACACAUACUUCGUCCCGUUCGUCCGGAAGCUGACAGGAGAGGAGAGGGGCCUGACUUCCCUCCAAAGAAUCGGCAUCGGACAGGUGAUCUCCACCAUCGCCAUCGCCUCCGCGGCGCUGGUGGAGAUGAGGCGCCUCCGGGUGGCGAGACAGCACGGGCUGCUCGACGAGCCCCACACUCCGCUGCCAAUGACCAUCUUCUGGCUACUUCCACAGUACAUGUUGAUCGGUACGUGUGAAGUUUUCAUUUCCGUUGGGAUGCUUGAGUUUUUCUACAACCAGGCACCCGACUCGAUGCGCAGUGUGGGGGCAGCUCUCUACCUCAGCACCGUGGCCGUGGGUAGCUUCAUCAGCAGCUUGCUCCUCAGCGUGGUGGUGAAGGUGACGAGCCGGGGCUCGGGCGGGAGCUGGAUCGGGAACAACUUAAACAGGGCCCAUCUCCAUCGCUUCUACUUGCUGCUCACUUGCCUCAGCACGGCGAACUUCUUCCUUUUCCUCACUUGCGCUCGGUGGUACCAGUACAAGGCGGUGUACAGGGAAGAAGAUCAGGAGAGGGAGAGCUCCGGCUUGGAUGAUCGACUGGGUGGAAGCAUGAUGACGAUCAGUGAGACGGAGUUCCAGCACAGGCUCCAGCAUCAGUGCUGCGCCGCGGUCUCGGUCUCGGUUCCAGUGUCGGCUGCGGGAUCGAAGGAAGGAACUCCGAGGAAGAACACUGGCUCUAGCUCCACUCGCGGUGCCCGAGCUAUGUCUUUCACUUGCCCGCCCAGGCCCAGAGCCAUGGAGAGUUCCUUCUUGUCUAUCUCAUGCUGAAGGUGCCAAAGUAUCUUCUUUGUAUCAAGUUUCCAUCGUACCAAAGUCUCCAUAGCUAAUCUUUCUCAAUAA